CGCCACUCACUUCCGGUGGAGCUGAUACUCUGGGGACGCCGACCUCCACAUACUCACUCACGUUCGAAUAGGACAUCGACUUGAGGGGUCAAUUCGAUAAGAAAAUCCGGAAGCGGGCUCAGUACAAGACCGAGGGUCUUUCGGCGCUUCGGGAGAAACGGAAGCCGGUUGAUGAGAGAUCUCAGCUAACCGUUCAAUGGGGAAGCGAAAAAAUUGGUUCGGUGGGCGGUCUCGACUCUCGUUGAACGAGGCAUCAUCCCCAGCAAUCCUACCCGACCCAACCGCGGCCACACCACAAGGGAUCGCAGCUGCUUCCGACAUCAAUGCCAAACGACGCAUCUACAUCAACACACCUGUGCAGCCACCAUACCUCGAUACCAACACAAACACGCCGGUGGUGCAAUAUCCCUCAAACAAAGUCCGCACAUCCAAGUAUGAGCCGCUCACAUUUCUGCCGAAGAACUUGUUUGAGCAGUUCCGUUCGGUGGCGAAUUUCUACUUCACGUCGCUGGUGAUCUUGCAGUUCUUCAAGCCCUUUCUUCUGGUAUCGCCUGUGCUGACAGCGGCGCCGGUCGUUAUAAUCAUCUCUGCCACGGCGCUGAAAGAUGCCGUCGAAGACUACAAACGACAUAGAGCUGAUGCCAGCGUCAACAAAGCUCAGGUAUAUCUGCUGGAGCCGUGGGAAAAUGUGAAUGCAGUGGAAUAUAGCGGAUGGAAAGUAUCUGCGCGUCGAGUCAUCAAGAUUUUCAAAAAGACGUGUAUGCAAAUCCUACGGCUCUGCUUCAAUACGGUGAUAGGACUUGUCACUAGAAAGCGGAAGGAGGUAUCGAAAGGACCUGCUAGGCCGGCGGAACUAAAGGGUGAAGAUUACAUUGACGUGGACGGGUCGUCGGACGCUAGAGGGACAUCACCGGAGGGUGACGGCAGUUCGCCGUCCGCGGUUUUAUCAGCCGAAGCCGAUGGGGAGAAGGAGCCGGUUUGGAAGCUGAGGAAAUGGGAGGACGUUCGUGUAGGGGACUUCGUUUUCCUGAGGAACAACGAUCCAAUUCCUGCCGAUAUCAUCAUCAUUUCGACUUCCGAGCCGGAUUCGGUGUGCUAUAUCGAGACGAAAAAUCUCGACGGAGAGACGAAUCUGAAGGUUCGACGUGGGGUUCCCGCUUUGGAGUGGGUGAAGGCCCCGGCAGAUUGCACGAGGGUGAAGGCAUAUCUGGAUUCUGAGCCACCAAACAGUAACCUGUACGCCUACAGCGGAGUUCUGAACGUCAUCGACACUGAAGCGGAGAACAAAGAUGCUUCAGACGGGGCGCGCGGAACAUCGAUAAAAUCACAUGCUCCCGGCGAGAUGAUACCCUUAUCACCCACGUCAAUCCUCCUACGAGGAUGCGUCCUCCGAAACACACAGUAUCUCAUCGGAAUCGCCGUUUACACCGGAUCAGACACCAAGAUUGUCCUCAACUCCGGCAAAACCCCCUCGAAACGGUCGCGCAUUGAUAGACAGGUCAAUCCCCAGGUGCUUGUGAAUUUCAUGCUCCUAAGCGCCAUGUGCCUGGUGUGUUCCGUAGUGGCGGCCAUUUACAGUGCGACUUUCGGAUUGGAAGGCGCUGUGUUUGCUGGGGUCAAUUUCGAUGGCUUUCUAACGGACUUUUCGGAUUAUGAGACGCCUGGUUAUACGGCGUUUGUGACAUUCUUCACUUGCAUGUUAAUUUUCCAGGCGAUCAUUCCGAUCGCGUUGGUCAUCAGUGUGGAAGUCGCGAAACUGUUCCAGAGUUUCAUGAUCCACCUGGAUGAGGAAAUGUACGACGCGGACACAGAUCGACAUGCCGAGCCCCAAGCGUGGAACCUGUGUGACGACCUCGGACAAAUCGAAUACAUCUUCAGCGACAAAACGGGGACUUUGACCUGCAACAUGAUGGAAUUCCGCAAAUGCACAAUUAACGGGGUUGCAUACGGCGGCAGUUUCGUCUCCGAAGCGAUGGUCGGUGCUGCCGAGCGGGAGGGCACGGCUGUUGACGAAGCGGAGAACACGGCGCAGCGGGAGGAGAUUGAGCGCGACAUGAGGAAAGGGUUGAAAGAGUUAGGCGGCGACAAGUACAUGGCGUCGAAGCUCAGCUUUGUAGACAGCGAGAUCGUCAAGCAUUUGGAGGAGAGCAGUGUCCAGGCACGGCGGAUUCGUGAGUUCUUCACGCUUCUUGCCGUGUGCCACACUGUUUUGGUCGAGAAGCCAGAUCCGGAAUCAAAUUUCCUCGAUUACAAAGCUCAGUCGCCUGACGAAGCUGCACUGGUUGCUGCUGCGAGAGACGUGGGCUUUGCCUUUUUGAAGCGAGAGGACAACCGGGUGUCUGUGGACCUGAUGGGCCAAUCCAGGGUGUACACCAUCCUGAACGUGCUAGAGUUCAACAGCGACCGGAAACGGAUGAGUGUCAUCAUUCGACGACCUGAGGGGGAAAUCAUCCUGCUGUGCAAGGGAGCCGACAGUGUCAUUUACGAUCGGCUGAGCAAAGACAACGACCAGGACCUGCUCGAUUCGACGUCUACGCACUUGGAGAACUUCGCGAAUGAGGGUUUGCGGACACUUUGUUUAUCCUUCCGCACGAUAACCGAUGAGCACUACAAGCGGUGGUCAGAGCGCUACAAGGCUGCCCAAAACCUCCUCGAAAACCGUGACCGCGAAACAGACUUGGUGGCGGAGACCAUCGAGCGCGACCUCACCUUGAUGGGCGCCACGGCCAUCGAAGACAAGCUCCAAGAAGGCGUACCAGAAACCAUCGCGACGUUAGCCAAAGCGGACAUCAAAAUCUGGGUGCUGACCGGCGACAAGAUGGAAACCGCCAUCAACAUCGGAUUCGCCUGCAAUCUCCUGCGCAGGGAUAUGAUCCUCAUCGUCGUCCGAAGUAAUUCGCUGGACUCGACGUUUCGCCAGCUGACGGAGGCGCUGGAACGCUUCUGGACGAGCGAUGGGAAACCGACGAGUGGUGAGAGUCCGGAGGGCAGUUACGAUGGGAGCACUCCUCUUGGCGGGACGCCGACGUAUGCGUUCGUUAUUGAUGGCGAAAGUUUGAAAUUUGCAUUGGAGCCUAGAUGCAAAGCGUUGCUUUUGGAGCUGGGAUGUCGGUGUUCGGCGGUUGUGUGCUGUCGUGUUAGUCCCUUGCAGAAAGCUAUGGUCGUGCAGUUGGUUCGAAAGGGACUGGGAGCCAUGUGCCUUGCCAUAGGCGACGGAGCGAACGACGUGUCCAUGAUUCAGGAAGCCGAUAUCGGAAUCGGAAUCGCUGGGAAGGAAGGUCUCCAGGCCGUCAUGGCGGCUGAUUACGCCAUUGCUCAGUUCCAAUUCCUCGGCCGCCUUCUGCUGGUACACGGGCGGUGGGCAUACAUGCGCACGGCGGAGAUGGUACUGAACUACUUUUACAAGAACGUCGUGUUCUUGUUUGUCCUGUUUUGGUUUCAGUUUGACAAUGGGUUUUCCGCAUCGACCGUCACCGAUUACACAUACGCUAUGUUCUUCAACACUCUUUUCUCGCUUCUCCCUACGAUCGCCCUCGGCACAUUGGAUCAGGACGUCAACGAUCGCAUUUCUAUGAUGGUCCCACAACUCUACGUCAAGGGAAUUCGUCAGGAACUCUACACAAUGGAGCGGUUUUGGAUGUACAUAUUGGACGCCAUCUACCAAUCCGUCGUCAUUUACUACUGCUGCUUCUUCAUCUUCCGUGACGCAAUACCGUACGGGUCCGGAUUUGACGGAACAAAGGACGACAUGGGCACCGUGCUGGCGAUGUGCAUCAUCAUCACCGUCAACCUCUAUGCGGGCAUGUCGACAUACAACUGGACUCUCCUCACCCACGCGGCGAUGUGGUUGACGUUUGUGAUAUGGCUGGGAUACUUGAUGGUGUUUGUAAACACGCCGACUAAUCCGCAGUAUGGACAACUGAAAGUGUUGUUCCUGAGCGCCAAUUUCUGGUUGGCGAUUGUCGUCAGCGUCGUUGCCGCCCUGCUGCCUCGGUUCGUCUACAAGUUCGUGUCUGCCUGGUUCUGGCCUUCGGAUACGGACCUUGUCCGCGAGAUGCAGUCCCAGUGGAAGGAAGGCGAUGCUCUCAAGCUAGACGGAAGCACACCGAAGGAGCGGUCACAGGCCAACUUGCGCGGCGGAGCGAUCAGCGAAGUCGACAUCAAGGUCAACCCGCCAAGCGACACUGAGCUGAACGGGCCCACCGACAUCCAACUAUCUCCGCCCACUCGUAACCUGAAAAAGACGUUCUCCGAUAAUUUACUGAGUCGAAGGGCGAGCAGCAGCAAGAGCGUGCUUUCAGACUCGGAGCGUAGGCGGGUGCAUUCCGCCAGGCCCGACAGCAGCGCUGAAAUGGUCGUUCCGCCGCCGUUGCCUUCUGGUCCCGAAGGCAGCGGGUCUGCCAACGGCGGACUUGAGCGGCCUCCAAUGGCUGAACCAAAGCAAUCGUGUGAUGGGUUCGGGGACGGUCCGACGCGUCGCAAGCCUAACCUCCACCUUCAGACCGGGACAACGCCGCGGAUAUCGGAAGCUACGGGCAAUGGAGGGGCUGAUGCGACCGCAGAAGGACCUCGUAUGCGUCGUGGAUCCGCAUUCAGAGCGCGUUCGAUUUCAACGGCAGUCAAGGAGGUCGGAAAGAAAAUGGGCCACAUGGUCUCGCGGAUGCGUGGCCGUCAUGGGCGUCUCGGCGAACAUGCGCGGAAUGGGAGUCUGGUGAUUUACAUGGGGAAUGAGGGCCCGGAUGCUAUGAGCCCGAACAGAGGAUUUGCGUUUUCGCAUGACGAGGGGAUGUGUUCUGUUAUCACUCCUACCAGACCCCCGGCCCCUCCAAGAACGGACUCACAAAGUGGCUAUAAUAUGUUCCCUUUCCCGAUACCCAACAGCAGCCCACUGAUCCCCAACCCUCAACCACGCAACAUCACCCCAAAUCCCGUUCAACGUCUCGUCGGAUCUCUCCGACCUUCCUCGACGACGAGCCUAAAUCCGCUCAACUUCGCGACAGGCAGCCGACGGAGCAGUAGCCACCAGAGUAUGCCCGCUCAUGGCGGUGAGGCUAUGGAAAUGGAGAGCAGAGGUCACAGCUCAGGCACAUCCCUAGUGAAUGUCGGCAUCGCGGGUGUUGUAGUCGGGGCGAUUGGGGCCGCGGUCGGAGGUGCUGUUCGAAUCACCGAACCCAGCGCGACACCAUUCAGCGCUCAACCCCACGCCAGACAGCCUCCCCCCCAGGAGCAGACAAGCGAUGACGGCAGGAAUACCAGUUCACGCUCGCUAGGACACCGUGGCGGGUCAUUAUCACCGCCAUCAAUCCUGCCCACCGGCUUGUCACCAAACGCGCGACGAACGGGCAACAGCCAGCUCUCAUUAAAUCCGGGAAUUCCGGAAGACACCAUACCUGAACACGGAGUGUGGAACGCAGAACAGCACUCUGAUACACCUGCUCCCGCCACCAACCUCGUACCCAUCGAAGGAGAGUUGCAACCCGACAGUCCGUGGCACCGGCCGCCGAUGUGACACUGACCGCCGUCGUGCAUAAGCUAAAUCGUGAUUUCCCUUCGAAGAGUUCCUCUAUGCGUAUGCCACGCCCUUCCCCCUUUUGGAACCUCAAAACCUGUAUUUCA